AUGAAGAUGUACAUAUUCAACAUCAACUGGGGUCACCACAGGUGGGCCAUCUUUUUCUCUGCCGUCUCCACUCUUGGUGCACUUUGUUAUGGGUACGACCAGAUAUACUACACUGGUGUUCUGGGUAUGAAAAGAUUUGUGCACGACUAUGGCACCACCCACGACAAGGACGGAAACAUUGCAUUGACCACUACCUUUCUCUCGCUCACGGCAUCCAUCAUAUACGUGGGAGAACUCGUCGGUGCUCUUCUCUCUGCCCCGAUCAACGACUUCUUCGGCAGAAAGGGCGUCUUUCUCUGUGCUUCGGCUUGCAUCAUUGCUGGAGCCAUCACUCAAUGUGCCGACCAGGGCUCCAUGGGAGUCAUUUGCCUGGGUCGGAUACUGAUCGGGCUCGGUAUCGGUCAGUUUACGGUGACAUGUCUUUUGUACAUUGGGGAAGUGGCGCCGCAGGCGAUUCGAGGUCCUGCCCUGAUGAUGUUUCAAUUCAUGCAGUCGUGCUCGCAACUCGUUGGCUCAGGGAUCACGCAGGGCACGGAAUCCAUCAGCUCGACUGCUUCAUACCGGAUCCCGAUGGGGUUGUUGGCUCUGCUGCCACUCUUCAUGCUCGUGGGUCUCAUCAUCAUCCCGGAAUCGCCUGUCUGGUACAUCCGUCGAGGUCGACCGGAGAAGGCCAGCAAAGCACUUCUAAAGAUCAACCGCAGCAUGCCUGGGUACACGCCCGAAGCAGACGUUGCGGCUUUUACGCAUAUGGUCGAAACCGAACGACUUCGAGAGGCCACGUCAACUUGGACGUCGCUGUUGAGAGACCCCAUCGAACGGCGAAAACUCAUCUACUCAUGUGGUGCGAUGGUGGCUCAACAGAUCAACGGCAUUCAGUUCUUCUACUCGUACGGUGUUGUCUUUGCACAGUCGAUCGGCAUCAAGCAAGCGUUCACCAUUUCCCUUAUCACCAACACGCUACAGGUUGUCGCGGUGGGCGUGUCUGUACUGCUUGGCAACAAAGUCCGCCGCCGCGCGAACCUACUGGUCACCACCAUCAUGAUGCUGCUCGCAUACAUCAUCAUUGGAGGACUCGGAGCCGGACCGUAUACGAAGACCAGCUUCAGCACGACCAUCGUCGUCAUCUCAUACAUUGUCAUCGUGGCGUUCAACUUCGGCCACGGUCCACUGGCAUUCACCAUCGCCUCGGAAAUGGCCGUCGGGCGCAACCGCAACAAAAUCAUGAGCUCGUCGAUCGUGUCGUUCUUCUUCACCGUGUGGGUUAUUGCCUUUACCAGCCCUUACAUCUACUACAACGGCGGGCUGGGCCCGAUGUUGGGGUUCGUGUACGCGGGGACUACAUGCAUCACGCUGGCGUACGUGUGGUUCUGUGUGGGCGAGACCACGGGCCGCAGCCACUUGGAGAUUGAGCUGUUUUUCCAAAAGCACAUUCCUGUGCGCGAGUGGCGAGGGUAUCAAUUCGACGCUCUCGACAUUGUCCACGAGGAGGCCGUGGUCGAGGAAAUUCCACAGCAGAGCGUACAGACGACGUCCGAGAAGAGCGCCGUGGAGACGGCGACGGAAAAGGAACUUGCCAGCCCCAGCAGCGGCAGUGUCGCUUUGAAAGAGAAGCACCAGGCUGUCUGA